AACGUUCUUAUAGGGAGUCCGGAGCCAUGUGCCCCCACACCCCAGUACCAACCCCCACUCCGAUGCGGGGACCAGACUAUCGUCCACCCAUUCAUGGGAAUUUAUGGCUUGCCCUUCGAUCUGGAUCUUGUCCAAGAUGUGAGUGAGGACUCACGGCCCGGCUCCUGGUCAACACAGGGUGACUCAACAGCGCCAUUGCCUUGGGAUAGUAGUUCCGGAUCCUCCGGAUCACUGGAGGUUCUACCAAUACGGCCCGAGCCUAUGGCUAUCGGAGGGGCGGGGAUUGGAGACACCCCGGGGGCAAGCCCCCACCUAACAGCUUCCACCCCAGGGCUGGGCGAUAACAUGUCCAGCUGCGCCGCUUCUCCAGUCGUACCGAAUACACCGACCACCGGACCACUGCCACAGGCAAUGGUUCCCAAACAAAGGUACGAAGCUGCAUCCCCUACCCGGUGUUGUAGAAAGUGGGAGGGGAAGGGUGAUGGAGAAAAGGAGAUAGUUGAGAAGGGAGAACCCUGAUAGGUUUAGAGUAACUCAAUAUAACUAAAACGGAUUUAUUGGGGGGAACAGCAUCACAGCCAGACAAAGACGGGUCAGGAAGUCACAAAAAGCCCCAAAGCAUACUUCAUUAUACCGUUGCCUCCACCAAGGGUGUGGGGGUAAGACUUUCACCUCUCGCUCCGCCAUGGUGCGCCACGAAAAUGAGAAUCACCUCGCCGGCGAGGUAACGCUUUAUUUUUGUUCCGAUAAGCAAUGCCCCCGGUCCCGAAAGGGUUUUCCUAGGCGGCACAACUUAAUGGUACAUAUGAACGGCAGAAAACAUAGG